UUCAAAAAUCAAAUUAAGAUGAAUUUAGAAAAUGAAGAAGAUUUAACCCUUUCGCCUGAAACAUGUGCAAUCCUUAAUGAAUUUAUUGCAAAGAAAAGGUUGGAAGAUGUAGAUGUAAAUAUCAGUGAAGAUUGGCAGCUAAGUCAAUUCUGGUAUGCAAAUGAAACAUCCAUUAAUAUUGUCAGUGAAUGCCUUGGUUCGUUAGAAUUUGAAAUUAAAAAAAGAAUUGCCUGUAUUUCAUGCCCUUCUUUGAUUGCACCUUUUAUGGAGGCCGAGCAAUUUAAACAAGAUCAGAUUGAAGUUAAGUUAUUUGAAUACGAUAAACGUUUCCAGCAAAAAUAUCCAACUUCAUUUAUUCACUAUGAUUACAGAAACCCUCUAAAUAUUGACAUUCAAUUUAAUGAAUAUUUUGAUUUUAUUAUUGCCGAUCCUCCAUUCCUCUCAGAUGAAUGUUUUAUUAAAGUUGCUCAAACAAUUCGAAAAUUGGCAAAACCAAAUUUUAAAUUAAUUUUUUGUACUGGAACAAUUAUGGAAGAUUUAUUAAAAAGACUUUUUAAUUUGAAAAAAGCAAAUAAUUUUAAACCGGAACAUAAAAACAAUUUAGCUAAUGAUUUUUCAAUUUUUUUAAAUUAUGAAUCGAAAAAUAUUUUUUAA